CGCCUUCAUUGAUUGGAAGAUUCAAGGCUCCUCUCCAAACCUUAUCUUGCAGCUCUUGCUCCUCCUAUUUAGGAAGACAUCUCUGCAUCGAUCUAGUAGCCUCUAGAUUCCCAGAGAAGAAAAAAAGAAAGAAAAUUUGAAUAAAACAUUCUCAAAUGCAGAACCAGACGCGUGAAACUGGUGCCCCCAUUCAAUGCGCGAAAAAAGUAAAAAAGGCCCCAUUAAAUGCACUUUAAAGUGGAGGAUGAGGUACCCUGCGUCUCUUCAAGUCAUGCAUUUCUAAAGUCUCCAGCUUUGACUACUUGGCAGGCAUAAAGUAACUGAACUAAGCUCCACCACCAAAUAUAAGCUAAUUUUUUUAUUUUUUAUAAUCUGAACACAGGCGAAGUUAACAAAUGAAAUAAAUGGAGAGCGAACAGUUGUCUGUGCAGUUAAGUAGUUCAAGUUUUUCCUGCUAGUGGGGGUUUCAGUUUGUGUACAGAUUGGGGGUUUGGUGUGCAUGUGAGGGUUGUCUCUUGCGCUUCCGCCUCCUCUCUUCUGAUCGCGGGUCUUGGGAAGGAUGAGUUACUUGGGUGUUGGCGUCAGUCCAGGGAAUGUCCCAGUGUAUCAUGUAACAAAUGUGAGGCUUGUUGAUAGGAGGGUGCGGGUGGCAGAGUUGGUACUGAGGUGUGUGAUUUGUGGUCUUGGAGUUCUUGCAGUUGUUCUUGUGGGGACUGAUACCCAGGUCAGAGAAAUCUUCUCUAUUCGGAAGAAAGCUAGAUUUGUAGACAUGAAAGCUCUUGUGUUUUUGGUGAUAGUCAAUGGUAUAGCUGCUGCCUACUCGUUGGCCCAGGUGCUGAGAUGCGUUGUGAGCAUGGUUAGAGGAAAUGUGCUGUUCAGCAAGCCCUUGGCUUGGGCAAUCUUCUCUGUUGAUCAGGUAAUGGCAUACACGACCGUAUCUGCAGUGGCCGCUGCUACACAAUCUGCAACACUUGCAAAGUGGGGCCAGCCAGAACUGCAAUGGAUGAAGAUAUGCAAUAUGUAUGGGAAGUUCUGUAACCAAGUGGGAGAGGGAGUAGCAAGUGCGAUAUUAGUUAGCCUGAGCAUGGUGGUUCUGUCUUGUAUGUCUGCUUUCAGUCUGUUCCGCUUGUACAGUGGCACCAAGGGCAGGAGCAGAGCAAGGUGGUAGGUUUAAAAAUCGUCUGAUGUAAGUGUUUGAAUUAUCACUACUCUUUCAGCCAUUGCCCAAAUAAUUUUGUAACUUGGAGGCAAAUUCUGGAUGCUACCGAUGUAAAGUCUCGUUACUCUCUUCAAAUACUACAAUAAUUGUAGCCUUUAGGCAGUUGUUUCCAUAAA